CUUCCUUUACAGCAACAGCAUUCAUUGUAAAACGGUCAUAGUCCAUUAAUCUUAAGCGGCGCGGUGUCAAGACGAGGAUUUUUCUUGUAAUUGGAAGCAAAAAUAAGCCUCCCAACUCAUUAAUUAAGUUUAAUCCCAUUAAAACCAUACAAAUACAAAAAGACCAUCAUAUUUUUGAGCGUCACGACGGCGACGCUAUUACGUCUGCGUCGUAAUGUAAAAAUCAACUCUGCAGGAUCCCGGCUUUGCUCCUGCAGCACAUCUGAUCGAAUCUACAGGUCAACGUUUUCAUUCGUACUAUUCGCACUCAAUCUCCAGGUCAAAACGUUUACUCAAAAAAAAAUCUAUUAAUCAUAAAAAGCAAAUUAAAAUAAUUAAAAAGUGUGAACACUUCAAUAAAUUUAAUCGUUUUACAUCAAUCAGAAUGAAAUGUAUCUAAAAGAAUUCGAAUUAACUCAUCGUAAUAAAUAUUUAAAACGUUAUUUUAUUAUGUGUCGCUGCAUUAGUGUUUGGUGACUAAUGGGUAAAGACCGUGAAUUGGUUAAUUGGAUAAUUGGAAAAGAAGGAUAGGAAGAGAAAUAAUUCGGACGGAAUAUUGGAAGGACGAAGGUUUUUUCUUUUUUUUUUUUAAUUGUUAUCAAGAGGUUGAAAUGGCGUUAAUUUUAUAUCACGAUCCGACCAAUUGUGGUUCCAGGGCGGUUGUUUUGGUUGCUAAAGAACUAGAAGUUGAACUUAUUUACAGGGAUUUAAAAGACUGCCAAAAUCAAGAUUUAGUUGUAACUUCCGAUGUGAUACUAGUUGAUACAGAAUCAAACGAUUUUAUAACAAACCCCAGAAAAAUUUUAAUGUACUUAGUUGAUAGAUCGAGAAUAAAUCACCCAGCUUAUCCGAACGACGAAUCAGUAAAAGCAAAAAUACAAGAAAUUCUCGAUUUGGAUGAACAAUUUUUAAAACCACCGUUAAAUUGCAUAUUGCAUGCAGUUUUAGUUUCGAAUCUUAUAGAACUCUCAAACAAAGUCAUCGUUUCACUACAAGAAUCGUAUAAUUGCUUGGAACGAAGAUUACAAGAUAGUCAAUAUCUUACAGGGGACUCUUUAACGAUUGCGGAUCUUUCUUGUUUAGCAACUGUUAGUACUGCGACUGUUUUUACCCCAAUUUGUUCGGCUAGACAUCCGAAAUUGUUUCAAUGGUUCUCGACUUGUAAGAAAUUACCGUAUUAUAAAGAAGCGAAUAGUAACGGACUUGCAAAAUUGGAUUUGUUAGUCGAAGAUGUUUUAGGUAGAAGAAUUUGAAUACAUGAGCCCAUAUUUAUUGUGAUCUAACCCCUUAUACACAUAUUUAAUAUUUAUUAGAUUAAAAAAAAAACGUUUAUUGUAACAUGUUUUUAUUUGUCAAUAUUGUGUGAUAACGAAUUGCUAUUUGAUCGAAUUACUAUUUACUUAAACAAGUGAUUUCCAAAAGAAUUUAUACUGUUAAAUAGUAAUAAUAAAGCUUUGUUUCUUUUAAACUUUUA